AGUUUCCAGACUGCUGCCACUGGCUCAGGACAAUUUAUGAAAACUUGCCUUGCAGAUGAACAACUCCAAAAGAGAUUGUAAUAUGACACUGUGGGGUUCUCUAGUUAUGAUUAAUCUCUAGUCUCCAGUUCUCAAAAUUCUCCUCAAUACUGCAGCAUUGCCUUCAGUUCAAAAAGUUAUUGUCUCACGUGCACUAUUUCGACAAAAUUCCUACUUUCUGAUAAAUUGUAUAAACUUUCAUUUGGAAUUGGCAUGAAAUGUGUGCAGUUUUCACUACUCUUGUAUUUUGGGGUAUUUGUAAAAGUCCUUAUCAUUCCCAACGGCCAUUUACUAUUAAUGUAUCUAACAUGCCUGUUACUGUCAUCAUUUUUACAGACGACUUUGCAGAUGAGGAGGAAGUGCAGUCCUUUGGCUACAAGAGGUUUGGGAUCCAGGAAGGAACUGAAUGCACUAAAUGUAAGAAUGACUGGGCCUUGAGGGCGGCCAUUGCUCUACUAUACGUGCUGUGCGCUCUGCUGACCAUCGCCGUAGCAGUACUAGGAUACAAAGUGGUGGAAAAGAUGGACAAUGUAUCAGAAGGCAUGGAGAAUUAUGGAGGGAAGAUUGUCGCUGUAGAGACAGACCUAAAAAAGCUGGAUGACCAAACAGGUGAGAAAUCUGAAAAUGCCACUAGUGAAUUAAUGUCCUUUAAGUCGGACAUUCAGAUGUUGCAGCGGCAGCUGAAUGACAUUGCCCAUAGGGCGACUAGUAACCAGGCAGCUCUGGAUGAACUACGGGAAGUGGGCGAGGACAUGCAUAGCGGCCACAUCACCCUGCGGGGUCUGCUGGACAGCAAUGCCAACACCAUCCGCACUGUGAAUAGCACGCUGACUAUGUACAGCACCCUGAUCAAUGGGCUGAAGGCGGACACGGAGCGUCUGCACACGGGUUUGCAGGUCCAGAUCACAGAGCAGAGCCGAUCCACGGUCAGCAUCAACGCCCUCAACCUCACGCAGGCCCAGCAGAGGAACCAAAUUGGCGUCCUGCAGAGGUCGGUGGAGGACACCAGUCAGGCCGUGCAGAAGCUGAAGAAUGACUACCAGGGCCUGCAGCAGACGGCCCGCCAGACCAAAGCCGAUGCCGACUGGCUGAGGGAGAAGGUGCAGAACCUCCAAGCUCUUGCCGCCAACAACUCGGCUCUCACCCGAUCAAACAGCGAGUCUCUGGAUGAUAUGGGCUCUCAGCUUAACAGCUUGACAGAGCAGGUUCAGAAUGCCUCGACUGUAACCGAGGCUCACGAUCAGAGCUUACGUGAGCUCAUGGAUCGCCAGCGUGACCAUGGCAACGCCAUCUCGGCCAAGUUUGACGGGCUGGAAGCUCGCCUGGACAGUCACGAGAGCGACAUGGACCGCGUGACCGGGAACGUGAGCUUCACCACACAGCUGCUCGGAGCCAUUAGCACUGACCUGAAUGGCCUGAGGUCCUGCUCCGAGACAGUGACUCGCCACUCAGACCUGUUGGCGGGGCUGAACAGCAGCGUGGCCGAGGCCCGAGCCGACGGGUCUGAGCUCCGAACCCAGCAGGACGAGCUGACAGCCAGGCUGGACAAGGAAGUGAGCAGCCUCUCCUUAGUCAUGGAGGAGAUGAAGAUGGUUGACACCAAGCACACGCAGCUCAUCACCAACUUCACCAUUCUUCAAGGCCCUCCUGGACCAAGAGGCCCUCGGGGUGAUAAGGGACCUACAGGCCCAGCAGGAAAGCAAGGAGUGAAAGGUGACCUUGGGGACAAGGGAAUGACAGGAUCACCGGGAGUAAAAGGAGAAAGAGGUCCCCCUGGAGUGCCAGGUGUACCAGGACUAAAAGGGUCGCCUGGAUCCAGGGGAGGGCCUGGAGCCAAGGGUUCCAGAGGGUCAGGAGGCCGCGCUGGACCACCCGGUGAGAAGGGAGAGCCAGGGGCCUCUGGUCUGCCAGGGAGAGAUGGACAGCCAGGCCCCCAGGGGCCCCAAGGGCCACAGGGACUCCGUGGACCAGCCGGGGCUGAAGGUGCAGAAGGUCCACGUGGGACAGUAGGCCCCAUUGGCCCGCCUGGACCACCUGGGCUGCCAGGGUUACCUGGUCAGAUUAUACCAGGCCCGGUAGGACCGCAGCAAGUCAAGGCUCCAGAACCCACAGAGGUCCCGGGUUGCCCACUGCAAUGGAGGAACUUCAGAGACAAAUGCUACUAUGUCUCAUCUGGAGCAGAGAGACUGAAUUUUGAUGAAACUAAAGAACAUUGCACUAACAAUACAUCUUCCAUGCUCAUUAUAAAUGACAAUGCUGAGCAGCAAUGGAUACGAAAGCAGAUUGUAGGGAAAGGCUACUUUUGGCUUGGGCUGACCGACAGUGAAGAAGAAAACAUCUGGAGAUGGGUCGACGGGAGCCUGCCAACUUUGACAAAAUGGAAACUAGGCCAGCCUGACAACUGGAGCCAUGGUCAUGAGGAAGGGGAGGACUGUGCCGGGCUGAUCCAUGAAGGCAAUUGGAACGACUUCUUCUGCACUGACCGGAUUGGUUUCGUCUGUGAAAAGGACAUUGAGACACCAGUUCCAGUUUUAUAGCAUCCAUUCCAGAGUAAGGAUGACACAUGGGAUGUGGCAAUUACAGAGACUGAGUUCCCAAGAUGUCUCUCAUCGCUUUCCUUACAGAGCUAGUGCCAGUGUUACUGUGCCAAAAGACACUUUUAACCUGACAGACAGGAUUGUGAGCACCUCAACAAAACUCCUAUAUUUUUAUAUGUGCAGACAAAAUGUAUCAAGCUGCCUGUCACUAGGUACACUGACAACUGGUCAUGUAAAAUGUUCAAUUCAUUUAAAAAAGAUUUUUAAAGUGAAAAAAGCUGAAAUGUACUGUAAUCAUAUGAGUGUAAAUACUUUACAAACAUACAGUCUAUCCUAUUUCAUAGGUAAAAUCAUAUAUAGCAAUCAUGUUUCACAUUCCUGUGCAAUAAUGAGGCUUUGCAGUGUAUUUAAUUACGUACAUUAAGCUAAGCAAUUGAUGCCAUAAGCUACAAAUCACCCUCAUGAUUUAAACAAUAUAAAUGUGAUCUAAUCAAAGUGAGCAGAAUUGCUGUUAUAAAAAUACAUUUUUGAUUCUUUGGAAUUCAAGAUGACCUAUAUAUAUAGUGGCCAAAGUAUAAAAUAACCAUACGUCCUGACACAUAUACCUAUAGGCCUAUAUGUCACCAUACUGAAAUGUUGUUUGUUUAACCUUAAAUAUAGUUGUCAUUUUCUCAAUAUUUUUCUAUGUCUCUGAUUUACAGUAUUUUGGUUUAUGUAGCUAUAAUUACCCUUAGAUAAGAUGGUAUAAUUUACCUUUUCAAACCCUUACAUAAUGUUGGCCUCAGGUACAUGUAUGUGUGCUUUAGAGUUGUCCUUUUGUCAGCAGUUAAUCAGGUGCAGAUGGAUAAUUCUACAUCCUCAGUUUAUAAAUAAAAUGAAAACUGUCA